UUCAAGAAAGAUGAGAUAAAGCGCAUAAAUGAUAUCAGUGCGCCACCUCCCCCACUAUCUUGCCUCCCAUCACCAAAUUCCAACCCACACUCUCUCAUCAUUCUUCGCUUUCUUUUUCAGUAAUUAAAGAUGUUGAUCAAGGUGAAGAACUCCACAAUGGUGCGUCCGGCGGAGGAGACACCUCCAACUGCGAUAUGGAAUUCCAACGUCGACUUGGUGGUUCCGAAUUUUCACACACCGAGCGUCUACUUUUACAGACCAAACGGCGCGUCCAAUUUCUUCGACGCUAAGAUCAUGAAGGAAGCUCUGAGCAAGGUGCUGGUUCCGUUCUAUCCGAUGGCAGCUCGUCUCCGCCGUGACGAGGACGGUCGUGUUGAGCUUUAUUGCGACGGUCAGGGAGUGCUUUUUGUUGAGGCUGAUACAACUGCCUCCGUUGAUGAUUUCGGAGACUUCGCUCCCACGCUUCGACUCCGCGAGUUAAUCCCAGCCGUUGAUUAUUCUGCCGGUAUUGAAACGUAUCCACUGUUGGUGUUGCAGGUAACGUAUUUCAAAUGUGGAGGAGUUUCUUUAGGAGUUGGUAUGCAACAUCAUGUAGCUGAUGGAGCAUCUGGUCUUCAUUUCAUCAACUCAUGGUCUGACAUGGCUCGUGGCAUUGAUGUUUCCAUUUCACCAUUCAUUGAUAGAACAUUACUUCAUGCUCGGGAUCCACCUCAACCUGUUUUUGAUCACAUUGAAUACAAACCUCCACCAUCAAUGAAAACUGAUCAUCCCUUAUUGCAACCACCUGCAAAACCAGACUCGGACGCUGCUGCUGCAGUGUCCAUCUUCAAAUUGACCCGCAACCAACUCAACAUCUUGAAGGGUAAGUCCAAAGAAGAUGGAAACACUAUCAACUAUAGCUCUUAUGAGAUGCUGGCAGGUCAUGUAUGGAGAAGUGUAAGUAAAGCAAGAGCACUUCCUAAUGAUCAAGAAACAAAACUGUACAUUGCAACAGAUGGAAGAUCAAGGCUUCAACCUCCACUUCCGCAAGGCUACUUUGGCAAUGUGAUAUUCACAACAACUCCAAUAGCAGUUGCAGGGGAUUUAAUGUCAAAACCAACAUGGUAUGCUGCUAGCAGAAUCCAUGAUGCGUUGUUACGAAUGGAUAAUGAAUAUUUGAGAUCUGCUUUGGACUAUCUUGAGCUACAACCUGAUUUAAGAGCUCUUGUUCGUGGAGCACAUACUUUUAAGUGUCCAAAUCUUGGUAUCACUAGCUGGGCAAGGUUGCCAAUCCAUGAUGCCGACUUUGGUUGGGGAAGACCUAUAUUCAUGGGACCUGGUGGCAUUGCAUAUGAAGGACUAUCUUUCAUCAUUCCAAGCUCAACAAAUGAUGGUAGUUUGUCUGUGGCAAUUGCUCUGCCUCCUGACCAGAUGAAACUGUUUCAGGAAUUUUUCUAUGAUAUUUGAGGGAUUUUGUCAUUCAACAUAUACUCAUAUGGGAAUGCUUUAAUCUUUCUAAGGCUGUGUUUUCUUUCCUAGUUUUCUGUUUUUUCUUUUGAUGCUAUACUUUUCAUGCACAAUCACAGACUUGUUUUUUCUUUCCUAGUAUAUGGCUUGGAAAAGUGUGUAAUGUAAUUCUAUAGAAACAAGUGUAUGAUUGAUUUGGCAUCAUAUUUAGACAAGAUAUUAAUAUU